AUGAGCGACGUACCUGGCAAAGAAAAAACGUCCAUCCGCCGCACUCGCACAGGAUGCCGCACCUGCAGAAAUAGAAAGGUCAAGUGCGACGAGGUGAAGCCGACAUGUACCCAAUGCCGGAGAGGGGACAGACAUUGCGAAUGGCUACAAGUUGAGGACACGCGAGCCAGGCCCCCAAGAAGACCAAAUGCUACCGCGUGUGACGCAUGCAAGACGAAAAAGCUCAAGUGCGAGGGAGACGUUUUCGACAAUUCUUCAAGUGAACUGCCUUCGGGCAACGAACUGCAGGAUCUCGUCAAUCUGUAUUUUUCAUCUGUUCAUCACUUUGGAUUUUUUACUUUUGUUCAUCAGCUUCACUUUAAUCGCCUGCUAGCAAAACGCAAAGCCCCUCGAGAGUUGACUCUGGUAAUGAUCGCAAAUGCGGUGAGGUUUGCUUCUGAGCCAACGAAGCAGACUUUGAGGCGGGCCGACGCCUGGGCCGACGCCGCGAUUGAAGCGGUGCGUCCGCGCAUUCACCAGGGAUUUGGUGUAAUUCAGCUCAUGACGCUGCUACUCGCUCAACACUAUGAUCUCAAUCGCGGGAAUUUCACAUCUGCUUGGUUGCUCGGUGCGGAGUGUACGAGAAUGAUGCAGAUGAUGUCGCUACAAAAUUUCGACAGGACUUAUCCGGCAAACCUGUCUGCAAAUGCACGCUUAUCUCCUCUUCUUACCAGCGAAGCCCUUCGGCGAGUUGCAUGGUCUACAUUCUACAUUGACACCAUCGUCGACGGAGGACGCUACGGCUUUCACAUUGUGGACGAAAAUGCAUAUCGUCUACAGCUCCCGUGCGAUGAGACGAGAUUCCUAAGCAAUGAGACAGUGGUCGGCGAGUCUUCUUUGAACAAAAUUUCUCAACCUCUUGAUACAGCCAGCGAUCUCGCUGAGGGUGCGCAUCUUGGCAUGUCUGCAUUCCUCCUCCGAACCGCAGCUGCACGUCGCCGUGCUCUGCAUUUUGCGUUUCGGGCUUCGCAUAUGGAGAAGAGUGUUGAUCAAUUAUCAGUAGAGCUGACGACCCUCGAAGCCGACGUGAAGGACGUAAUUGCGUCACUGCCUACCCGCUUUCACUUCAAUUCGGACAACAUGUUUCUGCACCGGGACCAGCUCACCACGUUUAUCCUCCUACACGUCAUACGACAUAACCUCUUUAUAAUCAUUGGUCGUGCCGCCCUUCAGAUAUAUCAGCGAGAUGCUGCAAAAGCAGAAUUGAUACCUCCAGUGCGGCAGAACCGCAUAUCGCACGCUCUACCUAUCGCAGGUCUCAUCUCCGAGGGCCUCAAGGCUAACAUCGCCUUCGAUCCGCAAAUCGGUGUUCAGGCGUAUGUCGCACUAGAGAUUCUUUUGUUUGAGCCACGUCGCUUGGCUGAACUAGAUCCCUCCGUCGACCCCCAGUCGGCAGCGUUGAUGGAAGCCAUUCCCCAUCUGCUCACUGUUGUUCGCAGUCUUGCAGCGCGUUCGGAAUUUGUGAAGCAGCUGCACAUUGAAGCUGUUCACAGGCUUCUCAGAUGUGACUGUGCACAGCUUCUCACCCAGACUGACCUCGAUGCUUUUCUUACAAAAUACCAACCUGUCGGCCAAGACGCAGCUGAGUACGAUUUCCGCGACUUUCGUUGGGCAAAGUUGGAACGCUUGCGACGAGGUGCCGCUUCCUCCAAAAAUGUCGCCCUUGACGAAUCGCUACUCCAGUAUGAGCCUGGUGGAGAGACAGCCGUGUCUUCAACGGCGCCGUCUCCGCGCCUAGAGGCACUGGAUGUAAGUCACGCCCUCGACAGCACUUUGCCAGUACAAUCCCAAGUUCCAGUAUCCGCUAGCACAGCCCAAGUGGACGAGACACUACCUUGCUGGUGGCUUACCGAGGACGAAGUGGCCUCACAGCCGUUCCCUUUUGAUUGGCCGUGGCUCUUGAGCGAGUCGGGACACCCACAGCAGCAGACUGGUGAUCCAACAACGUUUUGGAAUCAACUAUAG